AAGGCUCCAGCAGCUGUUGCUGCUGCCUGGAGGUGGCGUGGGGAGGGCUUGCCAAGAAGGGAAGUCUCCCAGCCCUGCAGGGGGGUGGGGAAGGGAAGGGGAUAUACUGCAGUUACUUAAGAGCCCCCAACUAUUGCCAGAUUUCAUCGCACUUGAGAACGUCUACCAGGAGCAGAAAAGAGAACAUCUGAAAAGAAGGGGAUUGCAACACUGUAAGAAUGUCUGAACCAACGCACACUGACAAAGAGAAAAAAAAAACAAUUCCCCCUAGCCUGAGUGGCCGCAGAGCCCUCCCUCCAAACAUCUCCAAUGCUGAAGAAGAUGAGGUCCCUGUCAUGGAGAUGACUGGUUUGGUACCUAGGGGAUUUAACCUGAAAGAUUUUUUGGAAGUUAAGGAAGUUCACAUGUUCAAGGGAGACCAGGAUGUUAACAAGCAGGAGCACCAUACUGACAAGUACUACCACCCUAAGUUGAUUGUACGCCGUGGACAGCCUUUCCUUAUCCAAAUUGACUUCAACCGUCCUUACAAACCUGAAAAGGACCAGUUCUGGGUGGAAUACCUUAUAGGUCGUUAUCCACAGCAAAACAAAGGCACUUACAUCCCAAUCCCUGUGGUUGAAGAACUGCAAAGCGGGACAUGGGGAGCCAAGAUUACCUGGAAGGAGGACAGUUCCAUUAGGCUGUCCAUUAUGUCUGCUCCGACCUGCAUUGUGGGGAAAUUCCGCCUCUACGUCGCUGUCCUGACUCCCUAUGGCAUCCUCCGGACAAAGAGAAACCCAGAGACUGACACCUACAUACUCUUUAAUCCCUGGUGCCCAGAGGAUUCUGUGUUUCUGGAUGAUGAGAAGGAAAGGGAAGAGUAUGUCCUGAAUGACCUUGGUGUUGUUUUCCAUGGAGACAUCAACAGUAUAAAAUCCAGAAGCUGGAAUUAUGGUCAGUUUGAAGAGGGCAUUCUGGACGCUUGCCUACACUUGAUGGAUAGAGCAAAACUAGAUCUCUCUGGGCGGGGAGACCCAGUCAAAAUCAGUCGCGUUGGAUCUGCAGUGAUCAAUGCUAAAGAUGAUGAGGGAGUGGUUGCUGGCAGUUGGGACAAUAUUUAUGCUUAUGGAGUAGUACCGUCAGCCUGGACUGGAAGUGUAGACAUCCUGUUGGAAUAUCAUAGCUCUGGUAUGCCAGUGCGGUACGGUCAGUGCUGGGUCUUUGCUGGAGUCUUCAAUACAUUUCUGAGGUGCAUAGGGAUACCUGGAAGAAUUGUUACCAAUUAUUCCUCUGCCCAUGAUAACAAUGCCAAUUUACAACUGGAUAUCUUUGUAGAUGAAGAAGGGAAAAUGGACUCCAAACUCACAAAAGACUCAAUCUGGAACUAUCACUGCUGGAACGAGGCAUGGAUGGCAAGACCUGAUCUUCCCGUUGGUUUUGGAGGAUGGCAAGUCGUAGAUAGUACUCCUCAAGAAAACAGUGAUGGUAUGUAUAGAUGUGGCCCUGCUUCCGUUCAAGCUAUUAAACAUGGUCAUGUCUGCUUCCAGUUCGAUGCGCCUUUUGUUUUUGCAGAGGUAAACAGUGAUGUUGUUUACUCAAAAGCAAUGAAAGAUGGGACCAGAGUGAUUGAACACAUUGAUAAGACCCACAUUGGGAAAUUAAUCUUGACCAAGGAAAUUGGUAGUGAUGGAACCAAGGACAUUACUGAGCAGUACAAGUUCCAGGAAGGCACAGAAGAAGAGAGACUGGCCCUUGAGACAGCUCUGAUGUAUGGCAUUAAAAAGGUUACCCAGGAUACUAUGGAGCAGGCAGGGACCGAUGUUGACAUGGACUUUCAAGUGGAAAAUGCAAUACUUGGCAGUAACUUCAAAGUCACUGUAACUUUCAGAAACAACAGCCACACCCGUUACACUGCAACAGCCCAUCUGUCUGGCAAUAUUGUGUUUUAUACGGGUGUCACGAAGAAUGAAUUCAAGAGCCAUACUUUUGAUGUGACACUGGAACCCUUGGCAUCUAAAAUUUCUGAGGUCUUAAUCAAAUCAAGUGAGUACAUGAGUCAGCUGCUGGAACAGGCCUCUUUGCACUUCUUCGUCACAGCACGUCUCAAUGAAACGAAAAAGAUUCUGGCCAAGCAGAAGACCUCUGUACUGCAAAUCCCCAAGCUGCACAUCAAGGUUCCUGGAGAGAAGGUAGUUGGUAAGGAAAUGUCUGUGAUAGUAGAAUUCACCAACCCACUGAACCAAAAGCUUGUGAACGUCUUGGUACGUCUCGAUGGACCUGGCUUACUGAGGACAACCACAAAAAUGUUCAGGGAAAUUCCGAAGAAUUCUACUUUGACCUGGGAAGAAAAAAGUUUUCCAAGACAAGCUGGCAUUCGAAAGCUAAUUGCAAGCCUGAAUUGUGAUGCCCUACGACAUGUCUAUGGCGAGCUAGACCUAGAGGUUGAAAGGAAACCACUCCUGUGAGCCAGACGUCACUUCUUCAGUCUCUCAUUUUUGUGUGUUUAUAGGGGAAAAACAGUUAAGAAAUAUUUUCAGCUCUCAUUGUCCUAGAGAUCCAAAUACAUGUAUAUGUCAAUGAAGCAAAGUAACAGAAAACAGCAGGGAGGGUUGGGAAUGCAUUUAUUUGGUUAUGAGUGUUCCAAAUUAAGAUAAUACUAGUUAAAGCAACUUCAGGCCAUAUUACUCUUCUAAUUCACAUGAAUGUACACCCCUUUGUGUUGGUACUGGGAGGGAGAAGGUUCCAUUCUCCAAAACACUCUGAACUUUAGUUUUAAUUAGAGCUUGAUAUUCACUAACAAAAACUUAUGAACUCAUAUGGUAAAAGAUGAUUUAUGUAACCUAAGGGGUUGCUUUAUCUUGUGGUGGUAAAGUUUUCAAAUUCACAGAGCAGCUCAUUUUGUUGAAAGGAUUUAUCAGGGUUUGGUACCUCAAAGCUGCUGCCAGUUAGCACUCUGCUAUGCCCUCUUGCUGUGUCUUUACCCCACUCUGUCUGCUGCUAGUGCACUGUCCCUCUCAUUUGUCCCUAGGCCACCAUCUCUGCCCCGGGAUCAGUGCACCAAGCUCCCAGUUCAUUAGUCAAAAUCUUUCACCUGUGUUUAAAGGCUUCUGUCUUGCCACAUCUACCUUGUCUCCUUACUACACUUAGUAGGGGCCUUAUUAUUCCUUCAUUCCAUGUGUGUAGAAGACAGCUGGUGCUGACAGAAGGUGUUCCAUGCCCCUUUAUGGAGUUCAGGCUCCACAGACCUGGAAAGUGGGCAAAUAGGGAUAGAAAGGUGUGGACAGGCAGCAGGCUGGGAGUCCCUGGAUUCUACUCCUCCCAAACCCACAAAGGAAGCAAGUGCAAAUGAAUAAGUCCUCUCUGCGCUGUGGAACCUUUCAGGAUGGUUCAAGAGGCAGCUGUGAUCAAGUGAGCUCCUGGUAUCUUGGUUUUUGCAGGAGCAGCAUUCUUCAUUAGCUAAUAGGAGCCAGUGGGGCUGAGCAUGGCAGAUGCCCCUUAGUUUUGGGAGAGCUCCCAAUGAAGAUUGGCACAGAUCUCUGGGUAGUCCCAGGGUAGAGGAUGGAAUCAUAGCUUCUUCCUGGGGGAGGGUACAGCCACAUCCCCUGAGAGACGGAAACUCUAAAGCCCGAUUUCAGUGUCUUCUCUCCUUUACAACUUAUUCCUGCAUAAGGAAGAAUGGGACCCCAGGCUUCUCAUUUCUAAGACUGAUCCUACCCAUAGCUGUUACUGACAUUUCUAUGGAUUCCAUUCUCACCGUUCUUCUUGCACCACUGCUACUCAGCUGAAAGGGAAGUACUUCCUGGCGUGUUCUGUGUAAUGCUGUGGCUCUCAGUGAUGUUGAUGUGACUUAGGAGAGACAGUGCUGCCACUGACACUGAGCCAUAUUAAGAUUUUUUUCUAGGGGAUUUGAAUUUUACUCCUAAAUACACAUUUCCUCCCCAACCCCAAAACAUACCUUGUUUCCCUGUGUGUAUUAUGAAUGCCUACUGAAAUACUUUACAGCAUUUUAUUCAUUAUAAAACAAGUGGGGGGGGGGGAGGGAGAGGGAUGGGUCUCAAAUUAUUCUGCAUCUGCAGUAAAAACCUUUGCUUGCCAAGCUGUAGAGAUUUACUGUAUGGAAAAGAACACAGCCCAUGCUAACAAACUGCAUGUGUGGGAUACUUCAUCAUUUUAAAGGGAGAUGAGAGGAAGCGGGUACAAACCUCACAUCUAUUAAAUAAUAUAGCUUUACUGUGCAGUUUAUAGGUGACAUGUUAUCUGAUCAACGAGAGAAAGAUGCUUUGCCUUAACCUCUCCAGUCCCAUGCUCCUCUUCUUUCCCCAUGAUCUCUCCCCUCCCCACACUCACAGAACCUCUACCCAGGUAAAAGUAAUUUCUUUAGGACAAGUAAGCGCAGAAAUUCUCUCAAGGACAGGCAGCUAUCUAGGGGAGAGAUGGCUUGCUUUUUUGUUAGAGUAUAUGGGACAAAUUUUCAAACAGAGACACAAGUUGCACUUACAAAAUUUUUAUGUAUAUCUCAUACUACAGUGCUGAGUAUGGGACAGAAAGAUAAGUACCCAUUGCCUGCCUAAGUGGGCAUGUUCACAUGGGGAAUGGGUAGGCGUAUACCUAAAGAGUACCUGUUAGCACCUGGGCUUUAAUGCAGCCGUGUUCACACAGGGUUUUGCCAGCUCAACUUACAUUACCUCAUUUGAAAAUUUGUCCUUACCUGUCCAAAGGCUCUCAAGGAGCCCUCUGUGUUUAGCAGUUAACAGCAUGCUGAAAAUGCGUUACAGCAAAUUAUGUUUAGUGAUCAUAUGUUCCUUGUUCAAUUCUACAGUAUCUAAUACAAAAUAUCCACAUUUUGCUACUGAGUAUAAAUCUGCUUGCUUCUGUGCAUUUUUAAUUAGAACAUAAUAAAAACCUUAAAAUAAAGCCAGUCUGAUUAUGCAAUAGA